GCAAUACUCCGUCAACACCGAUAGAGGGAGAAUUUCAUUUCUUAAUCUCAACAAGUAUGGCGGCGUACAGAAGGAAACUGUUUGCUGUUGGAUUGAGCUGUGCAGCUUCCCUGAGGAGAGGAAGCUCCUGUCCGAGCAGCCGCAGACUCCUCCGGAAGAACUGGAUGAGCCUGAGUGUCACCGGUGCUCUGUGUGCGGUUCCUUUCAUCCAGAAACCAGAAACGUUGACCCAUGAAGAUCUGGUGCGGAGAGCCUCAUCUCUUGUUACAGACAGUGCUAAUACUUACCUCUCACAAACUGCAUUAGCACUGCUUGAUUCCUUAACAGGUUAUAUUAAGGCUGUAAACAAUCUUGUGAGGCUACACGAGCACUAUGUGGCUUCCAUCAGCCAACUUUCUUCUGCAGACGAGGAUGCAAUCUGGCAGCUCAUUCUUAGUAGGCGUAAGGAGGUAACUGAGAGGAGAAAUGAUUUGAAACGAUUUGAAUCCUGCUGGAUGAUUGCCAUCGAUCUCUCGAAGAUGGCAGCAGAGGCGGCUUUCAAUGCAGGGGCUGACCAAGCUUCUGUGAUAGCACAGAACAAUCUGCAGCUCACACAGUCCCAGGUGGAACAUCUUCGACAGCAGAUGCAGGAAGCUGAGAAACAGCUCGAAGACUCAAAAGCUGAAGAGAGUGAGAGAUUACAAAAUGCUCUCAGCACUGCAAUGGAGGAUGAAGACGUGCCAGAUGCAUAUUUACGAGAGGACUAGUCACAUCAAGACAGCUUUAAAGUGUCUUAAGCACUCUGAUACACAAACCUAUACUACUACUGAAGCACAUUAUUAUAUUUCUGUUUGAUUAAAAGGAUACAUGCUGUGAGAAUUUAUGUAAAUGAAACAUAAGUAUUAAAUAGAAAACUAUGAGGGCAGGAAAAGGGAUAAAUACUUUCUAGAUUUUACAUUUGUUUGUAAUUGAUAUAUGAAAUUACAAUUGAAUGAAAUAGAUUUCCAUUUAAACCAGUUUUGCAUUAUUAUUA